AUGGACUUCGUCAGAGCAGGACACCAUGGUUGGUUACGAAGCCUUAUUCCUAGCUAUGCUCUUCGUGUAGAAGAGGAAGCAUGGAAUGCUUAUCCUUACACUAAGACUCGUUACUCCGUACCUCUUGUUGAGCGCUUCAAGCUUGAAAUAGAAACACAUUACUUUGAUGAUGCAGGAGAGAGAGAGGACGUCUUCAAAUUGACCUCCGAGGAGCGCAAAUCCAGAAUUGUAGGCCUUCACGACUAA